ACGUGAUUAUUAUCAUUAAAACUUCAAACCGUUCGGACGUUACGUUUUUCUGAUAAGUCGUAAUUUCGAAUAUAUUUUACGAGAUGUCUUAAAAUUAAAAAAAAAUAACGCAGGUAAUUUCUCGGUAUCGUUUAUUCUCGUUUUUUAAGCACUCGCCACACGUUAAACGGAUCCGAGUCAUUCAUGUUUUACUGCAUCGUCAUCACUCGCGAACUAGUGAAUCGUGUCAGAGUUCAAUCGAAAUCGUUUUCUUUUUAUCGUAGUGCGAACAGUGACGGUUUGUUUAAUACGUUUUCGUGAUUUUCGAUUUCAGUCAGUAAGAUAGGUAUCAUAGGUCCGGUCGGGUUUCGAUUAAAUAGUACAAAUUUUACGGACAUUUUAUUUUUUUCAUACGACUGCGUUGAAUUACCACCAAGUACCUACCACCAUGGCAACUUGCGAUGUAUGCGUUCACUUGUCCGACAUCAUGACACCACAGUCGUUUUCCAGCUUAAUCCAAACGUUAAUAAAAUAUUUGGUCUAUGAAAAGCAACUUAUUCCUUAUCCUUACGACCGUUUGAAAUUAUACGUGCAGAAAUACAAAGAACUGAACUUUGAGCAGGAAAACAGUCGCUGUAAUCUAAAAAAUAAAUACAGACUGGAGUCCGAGAAAUAUUAUAAAAAAGUUUCAGAUGCGAUAGAAAGUCUUGAAACAGUUUUCCGGUGCAUUGAAAAUGAAUUUCUUAGCCAAGUGGAAAACCAUAUAGAAUCAGUUGUAAUAUUAAUUGGAUCAAGUGUACUUAAUCCUUUAACUGUAUUUAAUAUAAAUGUACCGGAAUUAAGUUACUCACAUUGUGAAAAACAACAUUCUUCUAGGCAGCAUAUAGAUAAUGUAUUUAGGAAUAUCUUGAAUAAUGACAAGUUUAAUGAUAUAUUAACAUCAAAUAUAAUGGUUGAAACAAAUUUAUAUGUGAUGUUCAAAGUAAAGAAAGGUGGAAAAAUGGCUACUGAUUGGUGUGUACCCAAGGAGCAAUUUCGUACUUUCCGAGGUAAACAAGUAGUCUUGAGAUUUGACCAACCACAUAAUGAGAUCAACGCGAAGAAAUAUGAAACAUGUUGCAUCAAAGAUUGUUUAAAUUUUGAAGUAUUUGUUGAUUUUGACAAUCAGACAAGUGUACAAACAUUACAAACAUUUGAUAAUACAUUCACAAAUAGUGUUGUUGAUUGGUAUUUAGGAAAACAUCAUAUAACUGGUUUUAAAAAUUAUAAGUACAAUGGAAUUCCUAUAUCAGAUACUUGGUUGAAUCCAACUAUCAUUGAUCGUUUGGUAUUAUAACCUAAUCCAUGGUUUAAGAAUAGGAACCUUUUAGACAAUUUUAUUUUUACAUAAUUAUUUACUUAAUUUGUCAAAUAUGAAUCUUACUAUUAAUAUAAUUAUUUAGUUAAUUUUUGUUUGUAUGUAUUGUUUGUUUUUGUAAAUGCCAUUUAUAAACAACUCGUGUAUUGUAACUUAUGUAAUUAUUGAAAACUUAUAAACAUAUUUUUUCUUACCAGCACAAACAUUAUUGACAAAUAUAACAAAAAUCCAAUAUAAAUAUCAUUGUGAACAAAUGUAUAUAUCAAUUAACAAAAUUAAUAAUAUUUUAGUUUUUUUUUCAAUAUUAUAUUACAUUUUAUUUAUUAUUAUUUUUUUUUUUGAAUUUUUUUAAGAGAAUGCUAGUUGACCAUUUUUUCGUUGAUAAAUUAAUAAUUCAGAUUAUUUUUUUUUAAAACAGAUUGAAAUUGUUUACUUGAAUUGUGAGACUUGUGUAAUAUUUAAUUUAUCAAGAAUAAAAUUAUGUCUAUGUUA